CGGACAAGUUUUUAAGACAACACUCCUGUCUGUCCACUUUAGUUUACUUAGACUGACUAGUGCUGCUGUAUCACCUUAACAAGUUAGUAACAGCAGUCCAGAAGCCAUGCCGAGCCACGCGGAGCAGUGGAUCCGCACUUCGAUGCGCACCCCGGGCAUUUUUAUCUUCGGAAUGGUCCUUGCCCCUUGCGGCUGGAUCCUAAACCUCACAGCGACAGUGGCUCCCAACUGGAGAACCAUCAACACUAUCGCCUCACUGCCGGUUGAUACGUUCCUACAACAAGGCAUCUGGGACAUAUGCAAGACGUCCAGCUCGUCCCAAGUAAACCAAUGUAACCAAAAGGACGAGGCGUACUUCAACAACCAGAUUAUAGCGGUCGCCCAGGGCUUGAUGGUAGCGUCUCUGAUAUUGACUCUGAUCGGGCUGGCCACGGCAACCCCCGGGGUAAGGUGCUGGAAAGACCGCCCGAACUGGACAGUAGCCGGGCUGGGGGGAAUGCUCAUCUUUCUGUCUGGAGUCUUGACGAUCAUCCCAAUUGCAUGGUACACUCACAUCUUCAAGGACAUCGCCGCAUCCAGCACCGACAUUCGCGUCGGCUACUGUAUUAUUUUGGGAUACAUCGGGGGCAUCUUCGAGCUACUGGGCGGUUUGGUCAUGUUCAUUGGGAUAUGUCGUUGCUGUGGCGGUAAGAACCGCGGAGAGACGCGAGUCUCGGAGACCACAGCACACUUCAGAAACACCAAACCCCCACCGCGCCGCAUCGAGGUGCCGAGCAUAGCCCGAACCCGGAGUAGCGCGAGCAGCGUCCCCUACUCUAAAGACUCCAUGGAAGACGAGGCAGACUUCCCCCGGGCAAAGAGCACCUCGUACGGAGGAAGACGACCCGCUUAUGACGUUGAUCUGUGAGGUCAUUAUGGUGACGAGGGCCAGUUGCCAUUGAUAGGUGUGACAUGUAUACUAUAGCACUACACAGUAACAUUACAUAUCUACCAAUGAAGGACAUUUACCUCUACAUGUAGGCAUGUCGUUUUAACCAUGAAACUAGACCUAAUCUUGUUGUUUGGGUGAAUAUGAUAGAAAUAUAAAUUAUUUCACACUUUUGGGAAUAUGCCUAUAAUGUGGCCUAUGGCAUGUUUGUAUUUGAAGAUGUCAUUUGUAAAUAAUGUUACAAUGCCAGCGCCAUAGAACAUGGAAUACAGUGCCUUCGGGAAGUAUUCAGACCCCUUUACUUUUUCUACAUUUUGUUAGGUUACAACCUUAUGAAAUUGUUUUUUUUCUCCAUCAAUCUACACACACUACCCUGUAAUGGCAAUGCAAAAACAGGCUUUUAGAAAUGUUUGCUAAUUUAUAAACAAAUAAAUACCACAUUUACAUAAGCAUUCAGACCCUUGACUCAGUUCUUUGUUCAAGCACCUUUGGCAGUAAUUACAGCCUCGAGUCUUGGGUAUAACGGUAUAAACUUGGUACACCUGUAUUUGGGGAGUUUAUCCCAUUUUUCUCUGCAGAUCCUCUCAAGUUCUGUCAGGUUGGAUGGGGAGCGUCUCUGCACAUCUAUUUCCAGGGCUCUCCAGAGAUGUUCCAUCGGGUUCAAGUCCGAGCUCUGGCUGGGCCACUCAAGGACAUUCAGAGACUUGUCCCGAAGCCACUCCUACGUUGUCUUGCCUGUGUGCUUAGGGUCGUUGUCCUGCUGGAAGUGAACCUUUGCCCCAGUCUGAGGUCCUGAGUGCUCUGAAGCAGGUUUUCAUCAAGGAUCUCUAUACUUUGCUCCGUUCAUUUUUCCCUCAAUCCUGACUUAGUCUCCCAGCCCCUGCUGCUGAAUAACAUCCCCACACAGCUUGAUGCUGCCACCACCAUGCUUCACCGUAGGGAUGAGGCCAAUGUUCUUGGGGACCUUCAAUGCUGCAGAAAUGUUUUGGUACCCUUCCCCAAAUCUGUGCCUCAACACAAUCCUGACUCGGAGCUCAACGGACAAUUUCUUCGACCUAAUGGCUUGGUUUUUUGCUCUGACAUGCACUGUCAAUUGUGACAGGUGUGUGCCUUUCCAAAUCAUGUCCAAUCAAUUUAAUUGACCACAGGUGGACUCCAAUCAAUUUAAUUGACCACAGGUGGACUCCAAUCAAUUUAAUUGACCACAGGUGGACUCCAAUCAAUUUAAUUGACCACAGGUGGACUCCAAUCAAUUUAAUUGACCACAGGUGGACUCCAAUCAAUUUAAUUGACCACAGGUGGACUCCAAUCAAGUUGUAGCCAUUGAGUGGCUGCUGCCAACAUACUGACUCAUCUCUAGCCACUUUAAUAAUGAAACAUUUAUGUAAUAAAUACAUCACUAGCCACUUUAAACAAUGCUACUUUAUAUAAUGUUUACAUACCCUACAUUACUCAUCUCAUAUGUACAUACUGUCUACUGCAUCUUGCCUAUGCUGCACGGCCACUGCUCAUUCAUUUAUUUUUAUGUACAUAUUCUUAUUCCUUUACUUGUGUGAUAAGGUAGUUGUGAAAUUGCUAGGUUAGAUUACUUGUUAGAUAUUACUGCAUAGUCAGAACUAGAAGCACAAGCAUUUCGCUACACUCGCAUUACCAUGUGUGUGACUAAAUUUGAUUGAGAAACCUUUAAAAGAUUAUCAAUGGAAACAGGAUGCACCUGAGCUCAAUUUCAAGUCUCAUAGAAAAGGGUCUGAAUACAUGAAAAAUUCUAAGAACCUGUUUUCGCCUUGUCAUUAUGGUGUAUUGUGUGGGUAUUUCUGAGUAAUGGCCUUUAUUUAAUCCAUUUUAUAAUAAGACUAAUGUAACAUGUGUUAGGUCAAGGGGUCUGAAUACUAUAUAGACACACCCUUAAAUAUUGGAUGGGUCAGGAUCUGUGUGCUCAAAUCACUCCCAUUGAAUUGGAGUUGCCAGGGGCUGAUUUUGCGAUACAGUGUAGUCUACACAUUCAUAUUUUGGGGUGCUUAACAUCACCAGCACGACAUCUUUAUGAUAUAUCUUGUUAUAAGUGCAACGUUACAGGUUGGAAUGUCAAUUCUCAAAUGUUAUUAGGUCUAAUAUACGUGACAAAUGUACCUUUUUGUUGUAAAUUGGUGUUUUAAUUUGUUGACAAAAUGCGGGACAUGAGUGUUUGGUUGCGGGACAAAGGGACAAAAUGCGGGACAUGAUUGAUUGGUCACGCCAACAUCUGCUACCACUGUUCCUUGAUUAAAUGUUGACAAAUGA